AUGACACUCUGUGGCGAUAAGCCACUCGAAUCAUUCGAAGUAAUGUCAAGCGACGAUCUAAAUCUACGGAGAACUCACACCCAAAAUGAGAGUAUAUUGCCUACCAGUAUUACCAUUCCAGACUCCUGCGACAUCUUCUUCCCCAGUUGUGAGCGGGUUCACACAUCCCAAACAAGGACGCCACAGAAGCAUGGCAAUCUACCCGAUUUCGAGAAAUGCGUAGAAGUAUCCGGUACCCGAGAUCUCGAGCCAAGAAGGGGCAGCAGUGGCCCAUCAAGUCCAAGAACGUCUGAAACGGCAGUUGAUCUUUCGCAUCUGGUUGACUGGGAUGGCGACGAUGAUCCGAGCCUUCCUCAGAAUUGGAAUCGACCAAGAAAAUGGGUGGCGAUAGCUCUAGUCUCCGCGUUUACAUUCAUGUCACCGGUAGCAUCGUCAAUCCUAGCGCCAAGUUUGAGUCAAAUCGGCAACGACCUUCACAUUCAGAAUGAAAGUGUACAGUCACUUACUCUAUCUAUUUUUGUCCUGGGGUUUGCGUUUGGCCCAAUGAUACUUGCACCACUCUCCGAGAUUUAUGGUCGAGCGCCAGUACUUCAAGCAUCAAAUCUCCUAUUCAUUGUCUUCAACCUCGCUUGUGGUUUUGCAAAAUCGACGGCACAAUUGAUCAUUUUUCGACUUAUCGCAGGUCUAGGCGGCUCGGCCCCAUUGGCCCUUGGAAGUGGCGUUCUUGGAGACUUGUUCACCGCCGACGAGAGAGGCCUUGCGGUCAGCAUUUACAGCUUCUUUCCAAUCCUUGGCCCUGCUAUUGGCCCUAUUUGUGGUGGAUUUAUAACUGAAUAUAGCACAUGGCGCUGGGGUUUCUGGGGAACAACCAUAUUUGGUUUUCCGGUCUUGAUUGCCGGAACCUUCUUUCUGGAGGAAACAUAUCCUCCAGUAUUAUUAAUGAGAAAAAAAGUGCGACUUGCAAAGGAAACGGGGAACGUGUAUCUUUUCACGAAAUAUGAGAAGCAGCAUACGAGCCUGGCUGCAGAGAUUGGUGAUGCGGUUAUGAGACCAAUGAAACUCAUGACAACUCAGAUUUUGAUUAUAGUGCUUGGACUAUAUAACGCAUAUCUUUACGGGAUCAUGUAUAUUGUGCUUGUUUCUUUUCCAAAAUUGUGGCAGAAACAAUAUGGCGAAUCGGUCAGCAUUGGAGGCUUGAACUAUAUCACGCUUGGAAUCGGUUAUUGCCUUGGUAUACAACUAUCUUCUUAUUUUCAAGAUAAACUUUACCGAAAGUUGAAAAUCAAAAACAACGGCAUAGGUCUUCCAGAGUUCCGCGCUCCUCUCAUGAUACCAACAGCAAUCAUGCUUCCCAUUGGACUCUUUGUAUACGGUUGGACGGCGGAGUACAAAGUCCAUUGGAUAUUUCCAAGUCUUGGAGCGGCGUGCUUCGCUGCUGGGAUCAUGAUAGGAUUCAACGCCUUGAUAACCUACAUCGUAGACUCCUAUCCAACGUACUCUGCUUCCGCAAUUGCUGCCUCGUCUCUCCUUCGCUCCUUGGCUGCAUUCGUAUUUCCCUUGUUCGCACCAGCUAUGUACGAGAAAUUGGGGUAUGGGUGGGGGAAUAGCUUACUUGGAUUUGUGGCUUUGGCUAUUGGAGGACCUGCACCAAUUUGUUUGUGGUUAUGGGGUGCGAAAUUGAGGGCCAAAAGCAAGUUUGCUACUGAGUAG